UCGAGGGUAAAAUGAAAGAAGAAGAAACAGAAGUCACACUAGUAUCGUUUUGAAUGAACCCUCACCUUUAACCAUUUGUUCUUUUUUAUCUGACUGGUUUGUUUAAUUUUCCUUCAGCUUCAGCCCGUUGUUUAGCGGUAUAAUGUCCGGGAUACCUCCAGACACAUGGCAGCCGCCCACCGUGGCUUUGGAGACGACGAUGGGGACAGUUGUGGUGGAGCUUUACUGGAACCAUGCACCAAAAACCUGCAAGAACUUCGCAGAGCUGGGCAGAAGAGGCUACUACAACAACACCAAGUUUCACCGGAUCAUCAAAGACUUCAUGGUGCAGGGAGGAGAUCCUACAGGAACAGGUCGAGGCGGUGCCUCCAUAUAUGGUAAACAGUUUGAAGAUGAACUUCACCCGGAGCUGAAAUUCACAGGCGCUGGGAUUCUGGCCAUGGCCAACGCGGGACCAGACACCAACGGAAGUCAGUUCUUCCUCACUCUUGGACCCACUCAGUGGCUGGACGGGAAGCACAGUAUUUUUGGAAGAGUGUGCCAAGGCAUGGGAGUGCUGAACCGUAUCGGGCUGGUGGAAACAAACGGUCAAGACCGUCCAGUCGAUGAUAUUAAAAUAGUUAGAGCCACUGUACCUACUUAGACAAAUGCUUUUAUAUUUGUGUUGUUGUUUUUUUUACUACUUUGUAUAAUAAAUAUUUGAUCUGCUAA